GGUGUGUUAAUCCACAGGUGUAAUGUUUUAUAUGAUAGGUAUCAUGACAAAACUUUGCUUGGUUGUAAAAAUGGUGAGGUGAUGUCGCCUAAUCAGUUAAUGUGAUUGUGAGGCCUGAUGACUUUGUUUUUGUUACAGAUAAGUCAGCUAAAUGUAGAGAAGAGCCACAAGGGACAGCAGAACCAAAAGGGACAGCAGAUAGAUUUUCGAGUACAGACUUAGGGACAAAAGAAAGUGGCCCCAAGCAGGUGUGCCUUCCCCAGUAUCCCCUCAUCCUAUUUGGUAAACAGAAAAGAGCUUUCAAUAAGAGCUGGUUCGAGCAGUUUAAAUGGCUGGAGUACUCUGAAGCCACCAACUCAACAUUUUGUUUUCCAUGUCGUCACUUUGGAAGGCAAAACAUUCGUACCUAUAAAGAUGCUCUCCUUAGUUUUUCUGGUUUUUCAAACUGGAAAAGGGCUUUGGACUCCUUUCGUGAGCAUGAGAAAAGUGACUUCCAUAAGUCAAGCAUGACAUGUUGGCAAAGCUUUAAAAGCACAGGGACUCAUGGGGAUGUUAUUGAGCAGCUGAAUACUGCAAGCGCAGAACAAAUAUCAGAGAGGCGCCAAUACCUUCAGCGCAUUGUGAGUGUGAUCACAUUUCUAGGGAAGCAAAACGUUCCAUUUCGCGGGCAUGAUGAGCAGGAGACUAGCAAUAAUCAAGGCAACUUCCUGGAAUGCAUGAAACUCCUGAAAAAAUUUGACCCAUUUCUCAAAAAAUAUUCACCUCCUAAAAAUGCCACCUACCUAUCACAUCCAUCACAAAAUGAAAUUAUUUCAAGCAUUGCACAAGAAAUAACUGAAAAUAUCACAAAACAAAUUAGAUCCUCCACAAUGUACUCUGUGAUGGCAGAUGAAGCAAGAUAUCACCAUACAGAGCGGCUAGCAGUAUGUGUUCGCUUUGUCACAAUGGAAGGUUCCCCAAGCGAAGCUUUUCUUGGACUACACAAGCUAGAAAAAUUUGAUACAAAAUCUAUUGCAGAUGGAAUAGAGGCAGUGGUGCAGUCUCACAACCUAGGGGAUCUCAAGUGUGUUGCACAAACCUAUGAUGGAGCAUCAGUGAUGAGUGGAGCAGUAGGGGGUGUACAGGCCUACUUCAAAGAACGACACCCUGAAGCAGUGUAUGCACACUGUUACGCACAUGAGCUUAACCUAGUCCUGUGCCACACAUGCAAAGCUAUACCUGAAGCUGCUGCAUUCUUUGACUUGCUUGAAAACAUAUACCCAUGUUUCAGCAACUCACUCAUUAACCACAACAAGUCCAUUGAAAUCCAGAACCAACUUGGAUUACACCCAUCUGAACUUUUGCAACUCUCCAACACAAGAUGGGAAAGCCAGGUGAGGUCUGUAAAAGCUGUCAUGAACAACCUUCCUGCCAUUCUUGCAUGUCUCAGGACCAUGAAGACUGCCACAGCCCAAGGGAUCUUGUCAAAUCUCUGUAAACCAAAGACAAUCUACAUGUUAGUGAUGUUUGCCAAACUCCUUAUGAUAACUGAAUGUUUCCAUCGAUACCUGCAGGGGGAAAAUUUCCGCACAAGCAGUAGUGUUGAAGAUCUUUUUAAAAGUGCCAUGACCAUAUGUGAGGAAAAUCACAUCCAGCUUCCAGUUGGUCCCAGGAAAAAACAUAAAAUAAUGGAUGAUUUUGUGGUGGAGUCAGCCUGUGGGGCAACUUCUAUUCUGACCACCCCAGAUGAGUUUAGAAGACAACUUUUGUAUCCAUGCUUGGACAGAAUGAUACAGGAGCUCACUCAUCGGUUUUCAGAUUUGGGGGAAGAACUUAUGUCAGGUAUUCAAGCCUGCAAUCCAACUACAUCAACCUUUCUUUCUGAAGAGGCUCUCAAAGGUCUUGCUAACCAUUAUGGAAUUAAGCUGAUGCAAGAAGAACUCCUGGUGGCAAAACAUGUCGUCAAGAAAUGGCUGGAGAAAGAGAGAGAUAAAACAACCCCAGACACAGCUACAGAAGAAAAUCAAAGACUGGACAUAGCCACUGUGUUCAGGAUUCUUGACAGAGAAAUGUUUCCCACCUUGAAAGCCGUCCUCCAAGUUGCCCUCACAAUCCCCAUAAGCAGCUGCAACUGUGAACGCUCUUUCAGUGUUUUACGCCGUCUCCACACAUGGUUGAGAAGCACCAUGGACCAAGAAAGACUGAAUGACCUUUUCAUUAUGUCAAUUGAAAAGGAAACUCUGGACGUCAUAACCCCUGAACAAAUUAUUGACAGAUUUGCUAAACUAAAGCCACGUCGCCACAGCCUUAUUUUGCUACCAUUACAAAAAAAAGUAGGGGAAAAAGAUGGUGAUGGAGAGGUGUGGGGCCACUGA